GCCCCGCCCCUUUUCUCUGGGAAUGCUGGGUGUUUACAUUACUGGCACUGAGCAGAAAUGGGGAGUAGUUGAGACAGAGUCCUUAAAACAAACCAAAAAAAAGCCUAACUGCAGAAGCCCACACGUUAACAUUUGUUUGCCUGGAUGGUAGCCUGCCACGCAGGAGCUGCCCACAAACUAAUCGCAGCCCGAAACGUAUGAGAAAGAGAGCCGCCAUCAACUCAAGACGCUGCAGUGAGAACCAAGGCACUUCCUGAUUGCCUUAGUUUACUGUCAUGGACUCCAGUGUAACCAAGAGAACCUGACUAACACAGUAGUUCAUUGCAGAAAAAAAACUGGACAGUUUAAGCCCCACCCACACUGUAAAUCUAUUGGGUGUAAGAUUUUUAUUUUUCCCAGUACAGAUUGCUUCAUUUAGCUGUCAGUAAAUUCUGCUUGUGCUGCUGAGGCGACCCUGGUGAAAGCAAAGGUGAAAGGGACUCCAUUCCUGCCACCAUGGAUGAACAACCCCAAGGCCAGCAGGCUGCAAUUCCACAGUUCCAGCCACAGAAGCCACCGCGGCCAGAUAUGGGUCACAAUGCACUUGCAAAUUUUCAGAUUGAGAAGAAGAUUGGACGAGGACAGUUUAGUGAAGUGUACAGAGCGACAUGUUUGCUAGAUCGCAUGCCGGUAGCCCUGAAAAAAGUGCAGAUAUUCGACUUGAUGGAUGCCAAAGCUCGUGCAGAUUGCAUCAAAGAAAUAGAUCUCCUAAAGCAACUAAACCACCCAAAUGUAAUUAAAUAUUAUGCAUCAUUCAUUGAAGAGAAUGAGCUAAAUAUAGUCCUGGAGCUUGCAGAUGCUGGCGACCUUUCACGAAUGAUAAAGCAUUUUAAGAAGCACAUGAGGUUGAUACCAGAGAGGACAGUCUGGAAAUAUUUUGUUCAGCUGUGCAGUGCCUUGGAACACAUGCACUCUCGACGUGUCAUGCACAGAGAUAUAAAACCAGCUAAUGUGUUCAUUACAGCCACUGGGGUAGUGAAAUUAGGAGACCUGGGACUUGGCCGAUUCUUCAGCUCAAAAACUACAGCAGCACAUUCUUUAGUGGGUACCCCUUAUUACAUGUCUCCAGAGAGGAUACAUGAAAAUGGAUAUAACUUCAAAUCUGACAUCUGGUCACUAGGCUGCUUGCUCUAUGAGAUGGCUGCCUUACAGAGCCCAUUUUAUGGAGAUAAGAUGAAUCUCUACUCUCUGUGUAAGAAGAUUGAGCAGUGUGACUACCCUCCCCUUCCGUCCGAUCACUAUUCAGAAGAGCUGAGAAAGCUAGUAGAUCUCUGCAUUAACCCUGAUCCAGAGAAACGGCCUGAUAUUGCUUAUGUGUACGAUGUAGCGAAGAGGAUGCAGGCUUUUAACUCGGGGAGCUAAGAAUCAAGAGAAGGGGCAGAAGAUUUCCCAGUGUUUUCUGCAAGUCACCCACCCUCGAAGACAGUGCUAUAGAUAUCACAGGGAAACAUUGAGUACUUCAACUAUUUUACUUCAGGCUUCCUUUAAGCACCAAGUGUUUACUAAUGAAGCCCAAGAAGGGAGUAGUACUGGGUGUUACACUCAAUUUUUAGUGGAAAUAAAUAAAUGGAAUGGCACACUUCUUAUUGUACCUGCUUGGUUUGUGUUCUGUUAUUGACAUCACAAUUUAAACUGCUUAUUUCAUAUAAAGAAUUUGAAUUUCAUUGCAGUUAGAGAAAAGCUGUAAAUGUCUUUUUGUGUUUUAAUUGCUUUAGUUUAAAUGUUAGUAGUUUUGACACAUGCCAAUGUAAGCAAUUGUUGUAGAAAACAGCAUACAUUACUGUGGCUGUGGUGUAGUUUUACACUAGGUCUACUUUUAAAUUAGUAAUUCAGUAAAAUCAAACUGGAGAUGUAUGCAUCCAAUCGAAUUUGAAGUUGCUUAAAAAUCUAGUACUCCUGGUUGUGUUGGAUUGCUGGCAGAAAAUGUAUUUUGAAAGUAGAAGUGGUGUCUGCUUUACUCUAAGUGCAAAAGUAUUAAUAAUUCAGAAAAUGACAAAGUUACACAAGAUAUAAACCCCAUAGGUUUAAUCAAAUACCCAAUUUGGCUCUAAAUGAGAUUCACUAUUAAGUAUAAAUCCCUGUUUAGCAGUCCAUCCUGUCUAACAAAUGCAGUAAUCAUUCUAAAAAGUGGCAGUUGAUUUACAUAAAUUGUCAAAAAUUAUGCUUAGAAUAUGUUUCUCAUACAGUUUAAAUGAAGUUGUUUCUCUACUGGCCUAUUGGUACAGUUACUUUGCUCACUGUAAUGUACAACUCAUACGUUUUACUAUCCAUAUUUCUAUAGGCUAUACUGUGUGCCUUAUUACUUGCAGAGCUUCUAUAUUCCAUACCAUUAAACUACUCUUCUGGUGUUAUUGUUCAGUCUGUUCACUCCUUUCCGUAGUGAAGCUUAUUGCAUAUUCUCUGCUCAUGAAGAGUCUCCUGAAGAACUUGAUGUCCCACAAUUUCAGAUUAAACUACCUAUGCUUUAUAAUCAGGUUGGUAAUACAGUAUGGAGCAAGUAUAGGUUAUAUUUAAUGAAUUGUGGCUCAAGCCAUUGCACUGUUAUGAGCAGACUGGCUUCACAACGUUUUGCUUUAUACAGUAAAGUAAAAAUAAAUGAUUCUAC